CACAUCUAUACGCGCACCAUUACGAGACGGAACGCGCUUCCAAAACACUCAGACGAUUCGCGCGAACACUUGUUUGACAUGACGAAAAGUGUUUGGAAGGAAUUGUGAGUUAAUUUGACCUCCUUGUUUUUAUAAUGAAAGUAAGGUAGGCUUGUACUAUCUGGAAAAGAGGAAACGCUAGCCUGAGCUUUAGCUGCCCGCUGGACCGUGUGCUCGGGCUGGGAUGACUCUUCUUUUCAAACCAACAACACGAUAUUUAGGAGAGGGGAAGAGUGGAGGUGGUCGACAUCCGUUUAAUGUUUGGACUCAAUGUAAUUGUGCUUUAGGAAGACAGUUUGCCAUUACGGAAACGCUUUUGUGUCCCCUGCAACUUUGAGUCUUCAUCAUCAUCACCAUCGUUAUUAUCGAGGACGACCGCUUCUCACUACCAUUAUUUGGUUUCUUCUGAUGCAUUUGUGAAUUUAUGCACAUCCAGUUCCAUUAUCUAUGGGUUCGGACCUCGCUGGAAAUACAGAUACCUCUGUUACACUACUUCUCCAGACUUGCAAUACAGGUGGUCAAAUGAUAAGCCUCGUGAAAACAGCUUAAAGGGGAUCAUGCCUGAACCUUGCAGCACUGUGAAAUCGUCUAUCUAGCCUCUGAACAUCUGACAAGCUUCACCUCGGACAUGAGAUGAUAUUUUAAUAAUCUCAUUAGAAGGACACUGCAUUGUUGUUUUGGAUGGAUCUUGCUUUAGUGAAAACAUUUUUCAGAGGAAAAAUAAAUAUUUGAUGUUGACUGCAUGCAACCAUGAUGAUAUUGAGCAGAAAACCAGAUGGCCCCAUAACUGCAGCUCGCCACGGGGACGGUCUGUAUGACUCCUACAUGCGCACCGAUCACAUUGUGAACCAGGACGCUGAUGUGAAUGGGCAGAGUCCCUCUGGACUGCCCCCUCUCCCCAAACACACUGGUGUGAACAAGCCUACAAUGAAGGAUCACCAAGCAAUCCGCGGAGGACAGGUGAAGGUGAAAUAUGUUUAUGAGGACACCUACAACCGCAAACUUAAUGGUGUGAGCCAGCACAAUGGCACAAGCCAAGUACCAGCUAAGCCCCAACCUGCAAUCUCCAAAGAGAGAAGCGUGGACAGCAACAGCUCUGUCAAGUCCUCGGAGAGCUCAACAAAAGUCACAAAGCUGGGCAGCCCAAUGACCCCAGAACAAGCUCUUAAGCAAUACCGGCAGCAACUGACUACCUUGGAGCAGCAGGAGAUCCACAACUAUCCUGAGAUCUAUUUCCUGGGACCAAAUGCCAAGAAAAGGCAGGCAGUAGCCGGGGGCACCAACAAUAGUGGAUAUGACGACGACCAGGGAGGAUACAUCCACGUACCUCAUGACCACCUUGCCUAUCGCUACGAGUUCCUCAAGGUGAUUGGCAAAGGUAGUUUCGGACAAGUGGCGAAGGUUUAUGACCACAAGUUACAGCAGCACCUUGCCUUGAAGAUGGUGCGAAACGAGAAGCGCUUCCAUCGGCAAGCUGCUGAGGAGAUCCGAAUUCUGGAGCACCUGAAAAAGCAAGACAAGACAGGCAGCAUGAACGUAGUCCAUAUGUUAGAAAAUUUCACCUUCCGCAAUCACAUAUGUAUGACUUUUGAGCUGCUUAGCAUGAACCUGUACGAGCUCAUCAAACGCAACAAGUUCCAGGGUUUCAGUCUCCCACUGGUACGCAAGUUUGCACACUCUAUUCUCCAAUGCCUGGAAGCUCUCCAUCGCCAUAAGAUCAUCCACUGUGACCUGAAACCAGAGAAUAUCUUACUGAAGCAGCAAGGCAGGAGUGGGAUCAAGGUCAUUGACUUCGGCUCCAGCUGUUUCGAUCACCAGCGUGUCUACACGUACAUCCAAUCCCGCUUCUACCGUGCACCCGAAGUCAUCUUGGGAUUGCGAUAUGGUAUGCCUAUAGACAUGUGGAGCUUUGGUUGCAUUCUGGCAGAGCUGCUUACCGGAUACCCUCUGUUUCCUGGUGAAGAUGAAGGUGACCAGCUGGCCUGCAUGAUGGAGCUACUGGGUAUACCACCUCAGAAACUGCUGGAACAAGCCAAGCGUGCCAAGAACUUUAUCAGCUCCAAAGGCCACCCACGCUACUGUACGGUCAGCACACUUAGCAAUGGCACUGUAGUCCUCAAUGGGAGCCGUUCUCGCCGAGGAAAAAUGCGAGGUCCCCCAGGAAGCAAGGAGUGGGGGGCGGCCCUCAAAGGCUGCGAUGACCCCACGUUCAUUGACUUUCUGAAGAAGUGUCUGGAUUGGGACUCUAGUACUCGGAUGACACCAGUUCAGGCCUUAAGACACCCCUGGCUCUACAAGAGACUGCCCAAGCCUGCACCUGGUGGAGAGAAGUCCACAGCGCCCAAACGGAUCACCGAGCACAGCACCUCUUUCCCUACUAUCAUCUCCAAGGUACCCCCUGUCAUGGGCUCAACCAAUAACAAACUGCGGACCACCAUGAUGGGGGACUCCACUGGAAGUAUACCUUUUCGCACAGUGCUGCCGAAGCUUGUUUCAUAGAGAUUCCUUAGCUUUUCAGGGAUAAAAACAUAUGUAGCAUUUUUAGAAGUGGAUUUUUCCCCCCCUUUGUUUUGGUUGUUUUUUCUAAAUGAGUGUGAAAACUCCGAGUUUCAAUUUUUAAUGAAGUGUAACAAGCAAAAACUAUUUUAUACAACUAUACUGUGUUUUUAUCAAAUGGCCUUCAGCGUGUAAAAUGCAAAGUUGACAUCAGGGCUUUUUUCUUUACACCUUGGUCUUGAAUUGAGUGCUGUUGAUUGGAGUGGGUGAAAUUUUGAUGCUGACUGCUCAUCCUGUUUUUUCUGAAGUUUACACUACUUCUGCUCAGACAAACCUACAACUUUUGCAUCUCUAAGGGCUGUUUUGCUAGUAUGUGACUCUUAAUAUUCUUUUCAAGGGCUUAGAGUGGAUUUUUGCAAUUUUAGGUCAAACAUCUGAAUCUAAUCUUCAUUUAAAACAAUUUAAAAUAUCUAGUUGGUGGUUUAAAGCCUAUGUUAUCAUCUUAAAAAUGAUCUUGAUCUAAUUCAGAUGAGCACAUUUCUUAUUUUAACAGUAUCCUCCCCCAGUCACCUGCAUCCCAGUGUGAGGUCAAACUCUGUUUAUUAUUUGAGAAGCUGUUGCUUUGGAUAAGUUACCCUAGAACAAGAUGAAGAAAGUUAUAUUUGUUUGUAAGUGGUAGAGUAAUGCAGGUCACAGUGCUUUCUGAUGGCCAUGCCCAUUCCUGGCAUGUAUUGGGAGAGAUGGGCACUAUUUCAUAAGUGUCGUAGGAACGUGUUUUUAUCAGUGCUGUAUUGAAAGAUAUUAGUCAGGUUUCACUUGAAGGCAACAGGCAGUAUCACGUGUUUGUCUGUACAUGGUGGUAUGUAUUUCCCCUAAGUUGACUUCAUAAGCAUAUUCAAAAUACUAGCUAACAAAAGGCUGAAGAUGCAUCUUUCGAGAUUGCGUUUGACCUAUGAACCUCUCCCUUGUCCGGUAAUUUUUAAUGUUUAGUUUUUGUUUUGUUAGUAACUAUUCUUGCCAUACAUACUGUGAGAGAAUAUAAAAAAAAAAAAAAAACAUGACUAAAGAUAUAAUGCAGGGUACUUCCCCUCCCCCAGAGCUUAGCAUCAGUACAUAGAGUGGUUAAUUUCCAGUGACUCUGGUUGAUUGUGUAGUAGGGCUGUCAAAAUGGCUAAAACUAAAUUCGAAUUUUGUACUUAAAUAUUAUC